AUAAUGGGGAAAUAAAAAUCUGCUAUAACCGUGAUUACGACUAGGACAAAAGUGGUGAAUUGUGAUAACGCGAGAUAUUUUUCGUGUUUUUGUUCAUCGUAGGUACAUCAACAAGUGAUAAAACUACAGUCAGUAAGUCAGUUUGAUGAUGUAUACUGUAUAGUUUAUACCCUAUAGUAUUUAUUAGUAUUGUAGUAUUUGCGUAAUAUGUAUAAUAUUUCAUUUCGACAUUUCAUAUUCAUAACGUAAGUGGUUUGUUGAUGAUGACUGUUUAAAAACUAAUCUAGUACAAUUUUCCAUUAAAUAACAAUUCUUUUAAUAUGCUGGGAUUAAAAAAAACAGAAUGUACAUUGGUUCGUUGUUUGUAAUAUUAUCACAUAGACAAUUAUUAUUCAUCAUUGAUGAACGAUUCCGGACCAAUUAGUCCAUUUGACAAUGGAAGUUUGUCCUAUUACUUUGACGAUUUGUCGAUCAGUGACCGAGAAACUAUUGCUGAAGAUGUCAGUUAUACAAUUGAUUCAGAUGACAGUAGUUGCUCUAGAACAGCAUGUUCGUCCAUAUUUGGUUCUGGUCCCGAUGACUUGGAAUCUGAAACAGCUAUGUUUUCAUCAUGCAGUGGCAGCAUCACAAAAUCCAAUGAAUGUCUAAUUGAAGUAGACACGUCAAUUGAUACCACAAACCUAAAUCUUGGGAAAACAUCUGAAUGCUGUUUAGUGACAAUUGGAAAAUCUAUCCAAAAAAAUAACUACAUUGGUGUUAAAACUUUUGAUCGUAUAAGUACCAGAACAGUUGACAAUGAAGACAAAAUAGCUGGUAGUACAGCUCUAAUUUUAAAUUGUAGACCAGCUCAAAUCCCAGCCAAACUUCCUAAGGAGCAAUUGGAACAUGAGAGACUGUAUGAGAAAAUUUUACAAAAUGCAAAGAAAAAUGAGUCUGAAAAAGCAAAAAAACAUAAAGAAUAUUUAAAACAAAAACUAAAAAACGAAGAACGAUUAGCAAAUGUUACACAAAUAUGGACUCAAGAAAUAAUUCCAAAUUGGAAUCAAAUGUAUAGAACAAAGAGAUGUCGUGAUCUUUGGUGGAAUGGUUUGCCCUCUAGUGUACGGGGUAAAGUUUGGUCUUUAGCUAUUGGCAAUGAUUUACUAAUCAAUGAAGAAUUAUAUAAAAGUUGUGUUUCAAACUCAUUCAACAAAUUUAAAGAUUCAGAAGCUACCAUGCAUUGCCUGGAGUGCAUUCAUUUAGAUAUUACACGUACAUUUCCUCACUUGGGAAUUUUCCAACAAGGCGGACCAUACUUUGAUGUAUUGAAAAGGAUCCUUAGUGCCUAUGUUUGUCUACGUCCUGAUAUUGGUUAUAUUCAAGGCAUGUGUUUCAUAGCUGCCAUUUUACUUUUGAAUAUGGAAGAACUUGAGGCAUUUAUUUGUCUAGUUAAUUUAAUGGAAUCUCCAUGUUUGAAUGCAUUUUACACUGUAAACCAACGUUUGAUGACUUCAUAUUUUACUACAUAUAAUGAUCUACUUAAGCAUAAUUUGAAUAAACUCAAUACACAUUUCAAUCUUAUCGGUCUUACUUCUGAAAUGUAUCUGGUUGAUUGGAUAUAUUCAGUUUUUGCUAAAUCAAUGAAUCUAGAAUUGGCAUCUGUUAUUUGGGACAAUUUUUUAAGAGAUAAUGAUCAAUUCUUAUUUCGAGCAGCACUUGGUAUUUUACGCAGUAAUGAGUCUCAAUUAAUGCAAAUGGAUUCUAUAACGUGCGCUCAAUAUUUAACAAAGUUACCAGAAAGUUUUACAUCAAAUGCUUUAUUAAAAUCAACUACAGCUAUUCGUAUGUCUAUUGGAAAACAAUCUUUUAACUCCUUACUUGUUUACAACCAAACAAAAAGUACCUAACAUUCUUUGGUGUAAUAGUUUUGUUGUAUUAAUAUAGUUGUUAUUGCUCAUUUAUAUUUAUAUUAAAGGAUAAUUAUAUUAUAUAAUUAUUAAAAUGUUACACUAAUGACGUAUCUCAACUAUUAAAAAUAUUUCUGUAAGUAUAAAUGUAUACAAAUUAUUUAUUACAUUAAGAAUUAGCAUAUUUUUCUGCAAUAUCACUUGUUAAUAAACUACAUUAAAAUAAUUGAACUUAAUAUUAAGUUUUGAAAAUUCAAUUAAAUAA